AUGAACGGCAAUCUGCUUCUCUCCCCCGAUGCGCUACACUGCCUUAAGCGCAAGCAGCUCAUCAACCUGUGCAGACGCUUCGGCAUCAAGGCCAUUGGCAAGAACGCCGACCUCAUCGAACGCCUUCAAGAGUACGCCGCCUCGAACAUUCCCACCGACAGUCCGACCAAGGGCAACGUCCCCAUCUUGCGGCAUGUCAAGCGUCCGAGGCAGAGCGAUGAAAGUCAUGAGUCGGCUGUCGUCGACGAGACGCUCCCACAGGAGCGUUCUGCUCCGCUCUAUCCGCCACUGACACCGCGUACACGGCAGAAGAGGGUCUCGGACAUGGUGGCAGCCAUCGAAGAACAGAUGAAGGAGCAGGAAGAUCAGAUGGAUACGGACGACGAGGAUGAGGACAACGACGUCCGAGCUUCUCGCAGGAACACCAUUACGUUUCCGACGUACUCGCCCACUCCCGCUCGCCAGCCGUCGCCGCUCCUGACAGCAAGCGCCACAGAGGGAGGAGAAUCCACACAGCCGCUGCGCAUCAUCAAGGCGCUACCAAGCAUGAACCGGAUCGCAUCGCCGCUUUCGGCUAUGACCAUCUUCGAGUCAAGUCCCACGCCUACACCCGUUUCCACAUCAGCAGAAGGCGCUUCGAGCCUGUACCCGGACCUCUCGAGUUUGCCUCUUCCGCAAGGCGUCUCCAGCGAAGGUCUCGCCAGCUCUUCGACCCUUCCCUCGAUCACCUCUCGACAGUUCUCGGCAGCGGCUGCUACCGUGUUGGCCGAGAUGAACGCACGUCUGACCGCAGCAGGACGAUCGGCCGGCUCGUUGACGACCAUGUCGAGUCUAGGCAACGGCACAUGGUCGAAUCUCGCUGCAUCCGCCUCCUCGCAGGGCAUGUCUAAGAGUCGUUCCGGCAGAUACGAGAUCCGCCACGAGCGUCAAUUCAAUAAGAUGGACUCGAUCGUCAACCACUAUGCCGCUCGACGUGUGGGUGCAGGUAUCGCGGAGAAGGCCAUGGAUGCGGGCAAAAGCAGCAAUUCAGCACCGUCGAGCUCAUCAGCCGUUGCCGCGGCACCGCGACUGACAGCGAGCGCUUCCUCUCAGAGACGCACCCGCGUCGACGCUUCCACAUCCACCCGCAGUCUUGCUGCCAUGGCUCGCACCACCAACGCACGCAAGGUCCCGACCCAACGUCGCCCAUUGCCUAUCCCACCCGUCGCGCAAGCCAAGCUCCCGACCAUCGUCAGCAACCCCGCAUCGCACAUCAAAUCCUCCAAAGCACGCCAAGCCUCGACCGCAACCACCGGCACCACCACCAGCACCGACUCGCGCGGCGCAAAGCGUCUCCGUGUCGCCGUGUCCGAAGACCAAGACGCUCUUCAGAAUACCGUACUCGAGAUCCCUCCGGAAAAGAAGAGCGUCAUGAUCCGCGUCACCCGCCCCGAACGCGAAGGCAUGCCGUACAAAUUCGACGUUGCCUCCUCGUCAACAGAUGGAGCGACACGCGCAGCCUCUUCGCUGCGCAAGACGGUCAUCAAGGCAACCAAAGGCUUGAGUGGUGGCAAGACGAAUGCCAGUGCGCAAUCGCAGAAGAGGGAGGCGGCGUUUGUCAAGCAGCAGCAGCAUCAGGCGGCCGUAUCGCGCAGCAUCAGCUCGAGAGCCGUUGCCGGCGACACACCGAGCUCGACGGGGACGAGGAACAAGUUUACUGGCGUGCCCACCACUACACCGGUCGAGUCGAGGCAGGAGAUGCGCAAGCCCUCGGUAGCGGCAUCCGCGCUGAGCGGCGCUACGGAAGCGAGCAAGCAGGGGAGCAUCAGCAGCCGGUUCGGCGGGAGCAUACGGAGUAGUGUCUCCCAAGGCCUGAGUCGAGCCGACUCGGCACGUCAGGCUCGGUUGAAGGAGAUCAAAGCCAGGACCAAAGCGGCGUUGAACGGGUUUGCGAGUCAGCGCAACGUCAGUGCGUCUUCCACCAUCGCCACUAAUUCACCGCGCAAACCGAUCCCGACGAUCCACGAGACAUUCUCGUCCAGCGUCAUGCGACCUACCAUUGCGAGCCUUGGCCGGUCUGCAGGUACGACGGGGAGCAACGGCUCUGCGUCUCUCCCUAUGCUGUCCACUAUCGGUCAGCCUGUCACCCGCAGUGCAGUGACAACCCUCCAACGCGCCGCCACGCACGCCGCUGGGGUCGGUCAAAUCCUCACCCCCUCCCUCACCCCUCGCUCUUCCUCUCUGCGUCACCUCCGCCGUGUCCUCCGCAAACAGCAAAAACAGGCCGAGCUGGAACACGAUCGCGUUGCGGCGGCGGAGAACAUCGCCCCCGGUGACGUGGUCCCCUCGGUGAUCCAGCAGGGCAAGUAUUUCGACAAGGCCGAGACGAGCAUUCGAGCGGUCAACUCGAGUUUCGGGCUGAGUCGCGCGAGGACGAUGGGUGUGCGACCGGCCGGACCGAGGGAGGCGCUGACGAGCAGCCGGAUGACCACGAGCGCGCUCAAUCGCAUGUAG